UCAUGUCAGGCGCACGGAAUACCUGGGCAUUAAAAUAUUUCACACAAAUAAAUGCUAAACGUGCAAAAUGCAAUAUAUGUGCUAAAGAAAUUACUACUUUUACAUUUAUUAAAAGUAAUGCAAAGACACAUUUAAGAAAGGUCCAUAAUGAAGAAUAUCGCAAUAUUACUUCAGAGAACUCACCAGAAAGUUCGAACAUCAUGGCAUAUUCACGGAGAACCUGGGAGUGGGCAUUGGAAUAUUAUACAGAAAUAAAUGAUGUACAAGCACAAUGCAAUAUAUGUAAUACAAAUAGUUUCUUUUUGUCUUAA